GGAAGGGAGGAGGAGGAAGAAAAGAGGAGGAGGACAGAAGGAGGAGGAAGGAGGGAAGGAGGAGGAGGAAGAAGAGAAAGAAGGACCAGCCCUGAGCGAAGGCUGGUGCUGCUGCUGGUCCUGGUCCGGAGGGGAAGGAAAGCCUCCUCUUCCUCCCUCCUUGCCUUGCCCAAGGGAUGCCUGGCUGCUAGCCCGAUGGGUCUCGGCCGAGGGGGGCCCGGCUGGAGGACCUCGCUGGCCCCUUCCUCCUCCUCCUCCUCCUCCUGCUGGGCAUCAUUCUCUCGCCAUGAGGACCGGCGCCAUCCUCCGGAGCAUCUUCGGCCGGGAGCUGGGCGCCUCCAUCCUCCUGCUGCUGCUGCUGCUCUGCUCCUUCUUUGCGGCUGGCCUGGGCUCGGAGGAAGCGGAGCAAGGGAGACUCCUUGGUGGGAGCACCACCAUCAGCAUCCCGGCCUCUUCAGCCUCGGAGGAGCCUCCUUGGUCCCCUUCUCCCUCCUCUCCCUCCUCCCCUCCGGAGCCCAGAGCCAGCGCAGAGCCCAGCAGCGGUGAUCCUCAGCCCCAGGGCACCCCCAGCCCCCCCUGGCACCCCACAAGGGACCCCCAGCACCCCACUACCUCCGCCCGGCCCUUGGCAGCCUCUUCGGAGCCCUCCUGGCCACCUCCAGAGACUCCAGAGCCCAGCAUCCCCACCACGGGCCUCCCAAGGACCCCCUCGGCCUCCCCCAAGGAAGAGGAAGAGGAAGAGGAGGAAGAAGAUCUGGGGGGCCACAGCGGGACAGACAUCUUUUGCAACUGCAGCUCCAUCGGGAGCAAGGACCCGAGUGGCUGCAACGCGACCACAGGGCAGUGCGAAUGCCACCAAGGCUACACCGGCCAGCUGUGCGACAGAUGUGAAGAACGCUACUACCUGGAGCAAAGCGGUGGGCAUUGCCUUGCCUGUGGUUGCCACCCCGGGGGCUCCGUUUCCUCCACCUGCCUCAACUCUGGAAGAUGCCAAUGCAAAGCCGGCGCCACGGGCCCCAAAUGCGCCGAAUGCCAGGAAGGGUACUCCAAAUUCAACGGGACGACCUGCGAACCUUGCCAUUGCAAUAACCAUUCCUCGAAAUGCGACCCAUGGACAGGCGCUUGCUUGGACUGCCAGGGAAACACAGAAGGCGCCCGCUGCGAGAAAUGCAAAGGGCAGUUCUACCGCAACAACAACUCACAGCUCCACGAGUGUCUCCUUUGCCCAUGCUCCACUGUGACAUCCACCGGCAGCUGCCAGAUACAGUCCGGCUGCCAUGCGCCAACCUGUGACAAGUGCCGACCUGGCUACACUGGACCCCUCUGCAACCAGUGUGCCGAUGGCUACUACAGCUCCGACAGCAUCUGUGUCAGAUGUCAUUGCAAUGGGAAUGUCGACCCAGUCCGGACACCGAGGGUUUGCCAGCUAGAGACGGGAGAAUGCCUCGAAUGCCUCUAUCACACAGCCGGGCCUCACUGCGAAAAGUGCCAGGAGGGUUACACCAAACACUCGGAAGGAGGGAACUGCACCAGGAUAGAAUACGUUCCUGGCCCAGCAGUAAGAGGGUUCGUCCCAUCGGCGCCAAACGUUAGCCCUCCGACGCCUUUACCCACGACGGCUGCCAACGCCACAUUGGCGCAGACGACACCGGCGACCGUUUCCCCCAUCAGCUCCUCAGACAACAGCACCUCCGCUUUGGCCGACGUCUCAUGGACGCAGUUCAACAUCAUCAUCCUCACCGUGAUCAUCAUCCUGGUGGUCCUGUUGAUGGGUUUUGUGGGCGCCGUCUAUACAUACCGCGAAUAUCAGAACAGGAAGCUGAAUGCCCCUUUUUGGACCAUUGAGCUCAAGGAGGACAACAUCAGCUUCAGCAGCUACCAUGACAGCAUCCCCAACGCAGACGUCUCCGGUUUGCUGGAGGACGACGGGAACGAAGUGGCACCCAAUGGACAGCUGACGUUGGCAACUCCCAUGCACAACUACAAAGCGUGAGCGUUUCAAAAUGCAAAGACGCCGUUGAGCAAAUCCAUGGAGAGCUCCUUGGCAGAAGAACCGGUGAAGGAGACCGGUAUUAUCUCUGAAGGAACUUCGUAUGUUCUUGCGAUGGUCAUGGCACCAGCGUUGAGGUCAAUACAAGAAGAGAGCUAGCCAGAAGAAAGGAGUUUCAGGUCAAGUCCCAGGUUGCACUGAGUCCGUCGUUCUCCACCAAACCAUGGAUUGUGACUUUAAGUAUUUAAGAAAAUAAAAACCUUGCUUCGAAAUAUAUUUUUGUAGGGAAUGACGAAGUCUUACCAAGGAGUCAUCUCAUAGCGAACCCAAAACUGUGUUGACACUGGAGCUUAAUUUUUCAGGUCCUGUUUCGGAGAGCGACGACGGACUUAUAGGAAAUGGAUCUUGGACAAACUUUGUUUUGGAAAAGGGGGAGACCAAAACUUUGUUUCAUGCCUUGAAAGAGUUUUGCUAUUUAAAUAAUAUUAAUAACGAUAAUAAUGAAAGUAUACAUUUUCCCAAAUGACCGGAGACUUACUGAUACAAACCCACAGCAACCGAAGUGUUUUGUUUUGGAGCUGACUCUGGGAAUACAGAGAAGGAAUCCAUCUCUCUCUCUCUUUUUGGAGAAUUAGGUGUUGGCGAACUACUUUCUUUGUUUGAGAACUUCCUUCCAAGGCGAUAAUGUUAUUUAAAAUGCAGGAGUCCAUUUAUUUUCUUAGCUUUAUUGAACCCGGAUUCUCCCAAAGGAUGCCAGCAAGACACGGCAGGUUCCUCUUUUAAGAGUCUCCGAUCUCCGAAGUGGAAGCGGCCCGUCUUCAGAAUGUAAUAAAGACCCCUUGGCGUUGUAUUUAUAUAACUAUUUGUACAAAGGUAUCCCAGGACAAAAUCCCUUAGGUUUUAUCUGUACAGUGAUCCAUGACGUUGUAAAACAACAACAACCGGAACCAACGAGGCGAGCAAGUAUUGUAUUAAAGCCCUGUAAAUUUAGGUGGCAAUGCCUUUGGAGCUGGGUCUCCGACGAAGGUUAGUUGCUAAUUUUUUCCUCUUCUAUGAUAAUAUGAGUAAAUUUGUGUCUUAACUUGAGCAUUUCUCUUCCUUGCAUUGUUUGAAUCCUUUCUCCUUCACCAAAACCCCCAAAGAAAUCGUAGGUCAUGCAGAUUUCUGGCAAUCGGACGCGAGGUUCAGUUCAUCCACAGUUACACAAAAUGUAGGAACAUGUCUCCAAUUUGCAAGAAAGCCUAUAGAACCUAUUAGGAACCUUGAAUAGUCUCACUUGUCGUAGUCAUUUGAACCUUUUAAAGGUUGAGCUGCUUAACCUAUUGAGUUGCUACUCCUUCCUCCUCUUGCGACCCGCGUCUGCUUGUUGUUACUAUAGGGGCCCUUUGAGUCAUUUCUGACUUAUGGCAACCUUGAAGUGAAGUGAUCACAGAGGAGUUUAUCACAUGAAGGAGAUCGGGAGUUUAUUCCGUGAAUAUCCCGGAAAAAUCACACAGGUUACGCAAAACGAUUUCACACGCCGUCGCACAAAACCCGCCCUUAAAGUCACAAAGAAGCAUUCAUACGCAUCACUUGACUUUUGGGAUGUCAGCGACCAUGCGUUUCUGACAUCGCUCUAUUCGCGAGAUUGCGUGUGAUCAUCAUUCGCGCAAUUACCCGCCAUUUUAGCUUUAGCCGCGGGGUGCUUUAAAUGCGCUUUAAUCUCACUUUAUUGCCGAAAUUAGCCCCAGUGUGAUAUACUCCGAAAUUGGCCCUCUCAGUUAGGAAAGAAUGGGUCGCUUGAGAGCAAGGAUGUGCCUUGGAAAGGAUGCACUUUGCAAGGAUGUGCCUUGCAAGGAUGUGCUUUGCAAGGGUGCGCUUUGCAAAGAUGUGCCUUGCAAGGAUGCGCCUUACAAGGAUGCACCUUACAAGGAUGCGCUUUGCAAGGAUACGCCUUAAAAGGAUGCACCUUACAAGGAUGCGCUUUGCAAGGAUACGUCUUGCAACGGUGCAUUUUUGCACCUCCAAAAGCCGUUCUCUAGUUCUCCAAAGCCAUGGUGGCCAGUAUGUCUUCCUUCGGCUAUGAUUUUAAUCCACAGGAUGGAUUUUGAGCCGUACCCAUCCAUAACCGCAGCCGGUUUGGACAAAGGCAAGGCUAUUAUGGACGUGGCAUUAGAAUUAGAGUCCCAAUGUUGGCUUUUGCAUCUCCAUUUUCUUCUACGGAUUCAAGAAAUGGACGAAAUUAAAAUUUAAAUCUAAUGAACUACCCUAGUUAGGAAUAACUGCAUGGCCUUUAUUUAAAUUGCAUGAAUCGUUUAGCAAAAUAGGCGCCGGAUUAAUUAGAUCAGGCCUAAAUACUUUACCAAAUAGGUGAGCAUCCCAAGGUUCACUAGUCCUUUGCGAUUGUGCGUCUUUAUCUUUAUCAAGGGAUUGUGCGCAUAACAAAGACUACAAUUCGAGAUUAAAAUAAAAAGGUGGGGAAGAAACCAAUGCAACCUUCUGAACCUCUUAAGCGACCCUUUUAUUUAUUACUCAAUCACAUAACAAAGAUUUGGGUUUACUCUUGCAAUACAAGUUGCACUUCGAAUGCAACCCGUCCGCUAUAUUUAUUCCCCAUCCGUCUGUCUGUCCGUCCGGUGCAUAUUUGGGCAAAUUGCCUUGUUUUUUGGGGGGCAAAAAAAC